CGGGGCUAUCUCUACCAUUUUUUCUGAACCUCUAGGACAGAAGACUUGGGAGGCGUUUUCAGCCGAGGACCAAAAUGUCUGACGGAGAGGCUGCCCCCGCGGUUGUGGAGGAGGCCGCCGCCCCCGGCGAGCCCAUGGACAUAAACACGGCCGUGCAGAUGGUCCUGAAGAAGGCCCUGGCGCACGAUGGCCUGAGCCGUGGUCUGCAUGAGGCAUGCAGGGCCAUUGAGAAGGGCCAGGCGCAGCUGUGCAUCCUGGCCGAGGACUGCAACCAGCCUGACUACAAGAAGCUCAUCGAGGCCCUGUGCGCUGAGCACAACGUGAACCUGAUCUCCGUGCCGGAGAACAAGCAGCUGGGCCAGUGGUGCGGGGUGUGCAAGAUCGACCCCCAGGGUGAAGCCCGUAAGGUGGUUGGCUGCUCGUGCGCCGUCAUCACCGACUACGGUGAGGAGACCGCCGGCCUGUCGAUGCUGCAGGAGUACCUCAAGAGCCGCUAAGCGAUCCCUAGCAUGGGAGAACCCGGCUCCUGAGCGCGGCAAGUCCAUGCAAUGGCGUUACUCGGUCAUUGUGACAGCUGCCGGUCGACCGCAUAAUCACAAGUGACUCUCGUCUGCCGCACGAAUUUCCGGCCGUAGCAUGUGGGUUGCUUGUAAGGUCGGGCUAUGGAAUUGGCGACACUUGCCUUGUGUGUUUGGUUCCCUUCCACGGUUUCUGACAAGCCGACUUAAGGUAACCUUGG